AUGGACAUGAAUAUGGUGACCAAAGCACCAAUCGGUCACAAGCAAUUCUGCCGCGACAAUGCCUGGGCCUGCCCGAAAGAACGCUAUCAACCGGUUGUGGUCAAGCUCAAUGAAGCGCGUUGGAACCAGUUGAUCGCGAUCAAUGCAAAGGUCAACCGUCGUGUAAAGCCGAUGACAGACGACGACCUCUUCGGCAAGAUCGAGCACUGGUCCUACCCGGUGAAUGGUUACGGUGACUGCGAAGAAUAUGUUCUGGAAAAGCAGCGCGUCCUGAUGGAAGCCGGUUGGCCCAAAAGCGCUCUGCUCAUCACGGUCGCCAAGGAUGUGGACAAUGCGGGCCACGCGGUGCUGACCGUCAGGACCGACCACGGCGACAUGAUCCUGGACAACCAGAUCGAGGCUGUCCUGCCCUGGUAUUCAACACCUUACCGUUACAUCAAGCGCCAGUCCCCAAGUUCAUCCGUCAGGUGGACAGGCAUCUCCGACACGCGCGUGACCACCGUCAGUUCCGUGUCUCAGUAA